GUUGACUGCUUUGACGCUUGACUUGACAGCCAAGAAAUAAUAGUCAAUUUGUCAAAUUGUGUUGUCAAAGUAAAGUUUCAAAAAUAUUACUCAUUCGGUCAAUUGAGGAUUUCUACAUGUAUUUUAACAAAAUAAUUCCUACAAAGUAAAUAAUUUGUGGUGUGGAGUUGUAACAUCCAGGAAAAAUACCGAAUUAUUAUUACAACGUGCUCGGUAAAAGAGGAUAUAGCGGUAUUACUUUUAAAUAAACAUGAUAUCAGGUCUGACCAAUUAAGAAGCAGAUAUAUCGGUGCAUCAGAGAAACAAACAUGAUUAUACGAGUCAGUGUUUUGUUACUCGCCCUCACGUGUGUUAAGACGGAUUAUUAUAAUGACGAGUAUAGUGCAUAUGCGGAAAAUUACGACCAAUCGAGUUUAAAGAUAAGAGAACGCGAAGCAGUUGCUCCUCAUCUAAUAAAUGACAACAAAAACGACACCAACAUAAAGAAAGAUGCAACAGAAACCGUGAAGCCUGACAACAUAAUCAACUCCAUUGGUCCAAGUGAAGGUGGGGAUGUCAAGUCACCCCUCGGAGCAGCUACUUCACCCCCUCUACAAUCUGGUGUACCUUCUGGUCAGGCAGAAGUAAAUAGCACCAUUACCAAAUCUGAUACAACUAAAGUUGACAAUAAAUUAGAUACUCAAAGUGUCCAAAACAUAACAUCGAACAGCACAGCGAAUGCAUUAAAAAGCAAUGAAACAAUAGCAACAACAGUCAAACAAAAUGCAACUGCAGUAUCUACUUCAUCAGACAUGAGUAGUGCCUUGCAGAGUCCUGGUGUAGUGAAAAGAGGUCUUAUUGUAUUUGGCGGUUUCGCCCUCCUCGCUGUCGCAUACUUUGUGUUCUACAGGAGAAAGGGCAAAAAAUAUGACACAAACAACUCAAACACCAAUGAUACAAAUCAGUUUAGAUAUGGUGUCCUCCAAUCAGAAGAUAGGAGGGACAACUUGGAACUUUCUCGAAUACCCUUAACCAUGGAAUCAGAUGAGGAUGAUGAGGAAGAUUUGGAGAUUUUCGACUUGGAACAGAAGAGGAAAUCCCUCUCUUAUGUUAAUCUACAGACUAAUGAUGAAGAUGUUGUACUUCACAGCUCGAAAGACGAAUCAAAAAAUAACCUCUUAUUAGACAUCGAAGAUGGACCGUCUGAUACUUUAAUCAACUGGUCAAAUACAGGUAGUAAUUCAAUAUUAUAAUUGGUUUUUGUAAAGUAAAGUAACAUAGCUCGACACAAAUGAAUGCAUUACUAGUGAGUAAAAUUUGUUCAUGAAUAAACCAAUAGGAUUAUUGGGAGAUUUGAUAAAAUUAUCAUCUAUCCAUAAUUUGAUUGGUUUAAUCUUGUUCUUUUAAAAGUCUUGUAUGAGUUAUAAUUCUCGGCAAACAUCUUGAACAAUCCAUUUAAAUGCGCAGAAGUCGAUUUCCCGGUCUCUUUGGUGGGGCGAAGGGGUCCGGGGGAAAAAACAGAGCACGCGCGCGCCUCCUAUUGGAUAAAUCAGUCCGCCUUGCCCAUUGUCAUAAAGUGUACCUGCGCGAACUUUCCCCCACUACGCCACUUUUUGUUCAAGAUGUUUGCCUAGCGCUGUACUAUAAGUUUAAUGUAUUGUCUAUGGCCUGUGUGUAAAUCGAAGCUUAAUAUAGCAGAAAUACUGUCCAAUAGGCCCAAGGUGCGCGCUAAAAGAUAACGAGAUAUAUUCAACUACAUAAUUAUAUAACUCUUAGGGAGUUUGGCGGAAAAAUAGAAAUCACAUCACGUUAUAUUUCGUUAUUUUUCGUUUCACGUUACGUGGAAAGGAAAGACUGUGCUAGGAGUGGGUACGACAAUAAACCAUCGGGGCGGGGAGCGAACCACCACCUCUCGAUGAUAAGUUCGACCGCUCUUACCGUUGAGCUAUUGAGGCUUUGCUGCAUUUUAGAGUUUUCACACUAAUAUUAUAAAGGCGAACGUUAGUGUGUCCGGCUACUGCAGCGAUUUGGCUGAAAUUUGGAAUGGAAAUAGAUUUUACUCUGGAUUAACACAUAGGCUUUUGAUCCCGAAAAAUACCCAGAGAUCCCGCGGGAUUUGUGAAAAACUGAAUUCUGACGAAGUCGCGAGCGUUCGCCAGUAUUGCAUAAUAAAUAAAAAAAGUAGAAUGCAUUUAAUUCAAUACUAGCGCACAGCGGCAGAUAAAAUAUUCAGUUCGGUUCCUAUAAGUGGUCUCGUUAAUACUUUGAAGUUUUGGGAAAUACUCCCGAGCAACCUGUAUACUAGGUUUCAAUGGUACUUAUAUUAAGCGUCGAUUUAAGUUCAUUACCCGCUCUACAGAUAUUCAGUUUUAACUGUAAAGUGUUAACUGAACUGUACAGUUAUCUAAUCGAAAUCAUUAGAGAAAACUGUACAGUUCAGGUCACUUCAGGUCUGCAGCACAGGUUAAGGUGAAACAUCUUUCUAGACCAAGUCUUGGGCAAUUUGAAGUGGACAAGCAGGCAUUAAUGCCCAAUCUUCCAAGAAAAAGCUUUUUAAAUUUAAUCUUGUUUUUAUGUCACGGUAACAUACGAUUCCUAAGUGUUAAAUGCAAAUUUUAUUAUGAUUACUUAUCAAAAAACUCACGUUUUAUAUGACAAAUACUAUUUCUAUAAGAUAGGAUUAUUUUUUGCGUUAAAUGUUUUAAUGUAGAUAUAAUGCUAGUAUGUAAGAUGCUUGCUUUACACAUAUUCGGGUCGGCAUAUUCGGAUACGCAUUUAAUAAGCAAUAUUAACAAUAAAUUAUUAAACACCCUAUAUAUUCAAUAUUUGUCAAUGCUUCAGACGUAAAGUUUUGUUUUUCACCCGGUUUUUGAGGAUCGCCAAAACUCAGUUAAAUAAAUAUUUUAUGUAGGUAUUUGUAUUAGUUUUUUUUAAUAUUCAAAUAUGCCGAACCUAUAUGUGUUCAGAAUGCCUUAGUUUAUAAUAUUCGCUAGGGUUGUAACGAGUUAGCUUAACAGCUGUCUAAAUGAACCAACGAAUACGAUAAUAUCGACCUAAACCCAAAAAGUGAGACGACAAUUGAUUAACUAUUUUAAAAUUCUUAUUUAUAAAGAAAUCCAGAUACAGACAAAAACUUCAUACAUUUGUUAUAAACAAUACAUAUGUUUUAUAUAACCGUACAAUACAUUAAGUUAAAAUAAUGUAACAAAUUUGAGACAUUUUUAAACUGAUUCUUAUUUUUGUUUAAUUGAGAAUGUUUAAGAAAAUAACGGACUUAUUUUUCUAAAUUGUUUAAAAAUAAUUUGUUUUGUUGUGAUAUAUUAGGAGGAAGACCCAAGACCUCGCCGUGAGGAGAGAGACUUACCAUGGAGACUUAAUUUAUGUACUUUUCUCCAAAAAAUUACAAACUUAUAAAGUAAUAAAUAAAAAUUUAAUGCGUUUCUCAUCGUUUCUCAAACAUAACAAACUGAUAUACAUAUAUUAAUAUAUACAUAGAUAUUAUGUAAAAUAUCAGUUUUAUUAAAAAUAUUAACUUCAGAUAAAUAAGAGCAAGAAUAUUAAUUAAUAGUUUUUCUAUACCUCCAUUGUUUCCUAUGACUGUUAGUGAUUAAUAAAACACUCGGUUGUUGGUUUUAUUCUAAUAACAAUUAAUUUAUACCUACAAGUCGGUACAAAAUCUUUAUUUGACAUGUUAUUACAAAUAGAUCCUAUACAUUUAUCUAUCGUAGAUUCUAUAUCUAAUCUGUGCUUUUAUUUGAGUAAUAAUUAUAUUUUUAUAUAAAAAUAAUAUAAUUAACAAGAAACAGAAAUAUUUCGAAUAGACUUCACUCUUGGAAGUUGUUUAUAAAUAAUACGCAAUUUUGUUUGUCCUUUUUGUAACAAAAAGGUACAAAGGGAUGUCACGUUUUAUUUGUGUGCAACAAACAAAACAAUGAAAUGGUCCAAAAUAGGCAUUUAGACAAUGUUGGAACAAAAAGUUAACAUAUACGAUAAACCAAACAUUUAACUGCAUUUUAAGAUUUUAACAAUACAUUUAUUUAAAUAUAGUUUUGAUGGAAUAUAAAGUUGAUAUAUUGUAUGCGUUCAGUAGGCCAAAGAUGCCAAGAGAUAACGAAAUAAUUUUGUCUACGUAUCUCUCUAUCCCUGAAUAAGAUCUUAAAUGUGAUAUUUAGGCAAAAUUAUGUUGUUACGCUAAGUAAGCUGUUUCUUUCUAAGUAUACCUUAUUAAAUUACUUAAAAGUAAAGAUGAUAUAAAAAUGCGUGUGAACACAUAGGAUAGAGUGCAAGUUGAUAAAGAUAAUAAUCGGUAACUGAAGGAUAUUUUUGAGAAUGUAAUAUAUCCACUAGCAAUAAUUGUUUUUGGAUGAUAUAAAUUAGUUUAUUAUGUGAAUAAUCUUUAAGAAAGCUUAAGUUUAUAAAAAAAUAAAGUUGGAAGAUAAAAGUAAAGAUAAAAAGAAAUUUUAUAUUACAAUCGUAAACGUAUUUUUCACAUUGAUUCUGUAAUUUUCCAAAGAAACGCUGAUUAUGUCAUCAGCUUGUAUAGAUUAGUCACUAGUGAAAAAUGUGUUUACGUUAUCUUGCAAUGUAAAAGUAACUUUCCGAUACAAAUGUACACUAACAUAUCAACAAAAAUUUUAAAUAGUUUUGAUAAAUAUAAUGAUAAGUACAAUUUACUUGCAAGUUGAGUGACCUAUCUACGAAAUGCGUUGAUAAAUAACAUAAUCUAUGAUUUGUGCUUUUUGUCUACCAAUCUCUCAUGUUUGCACUGUACUUAUAAUUAUAUUACUAGCGAUAUAAGAAAUUCUAUAACUUUUUAUUGUAUUUUGUUCACACACGAAAUAUACUUCUCAUCAGAAAAAUCGAAACAGUCUAACCUGAACCUGAACUUGCGGACUGAUUUGAUUUUUUUGGUGAAAAGUAUAUUUAACACAGAUCUGUGAUUUCCACACUAGGAUUCCCUGUGUUGUGGUAAUUAAUCUACCACAUCUAAUGACUACCGACACAGUCGUAUGUUGUAAGGCCUAAUAGAAUUAAAUUGUAAGGCCUAAUAAAAUUAAAUUAAGCAUUUUAUAUUGUUUACUAUGUUGUGGUAAAAUAGAUUUCUUUGUGUAUUGAUCUUAUUGUGUAUUCUCUUGACUUACUAAUAGUGUAUAGUCCUUGAGCCCACGACAAAGUAUUUAUUCAUGACCUUACUGUCGAAACUUCGUGUGAUAUUCGUGGCAUAUAGUAGAGGAUAUAAAUGUUAGACAAUUUUCACCGACAUGUCUACUGGAUGAAAAGAUUUUUUAUAUUGAAUGAAAUAUAUCAAAAUUUUAAAAUUAAUUUAUUUCAAUUAGGCUUAGUUUACAAGCACGUUUGAAAAGUCAGGUAUAUGUCAAUAUUAAUUUAAUCUAAUGGUGGUAAUAAUAGGUGAAAAUUUAAAAUUAAAGUUACGAGGGUUCCAAACGCGCCUUGGUCCAAGAAGAGCCCACAACAAACUCAGCCAAGGUUUUUUUUUUGUUUACCACCAUUUUACAAACUUAUUUAAAACUAAGCACACAGUCGUAUGUUUGUAUUGUUUAACACUGAGGAGGUCUAAAAUUGGACGAAGUCGUGGGUGACCCCUAGUUAUACUAUUGCCAAUGGGUUGCCUGAAAAAUUAAAGUCCAGAUUGUUAGAUCGAUUGAUUGACUCGGUCUGAUUUUUUGAUCGAUUUACCCGUCCAUACCUGCCAUACCAUGAAUUGUGACGGGUAAAAAAACUGUCAACCUAAAGUUUGCAUAUUCUAUAGGCUUCAUACUUUCGCAUAUAAUCCAAACUAUAGUCAUGAAUAAAUAUUUUGUUCCUGAAUACCGAGCAAGCGAAGGAUUCUAAGAUUUAACCACAAGCGAAGCGAGGGUAUGCGUAUCAAAUUUGUCACUUAUUAUAAUUAUUUAUCAUUCCUUUGAAAACCGAAAAAUAUUUUUGUAGACAUUGUUUCAAGAUCUGUGUAAUAUUGCCAAAAUCUGUUUCUAUUAUAGAUAUUCUAUAUAUUUUGUGAUGAGAGUUUUUCAUGAUUUUAGUAAUGACUGGAUAAAUGCGUUACCAGUUGUAAUGGUAAAAAGAAAACAUGACAUCGAAACCUCUUUACCAUCAAACCGUUAUUAAGCAAUUCAGAGACAAAAAUGAUGAUAAAUUAAUGUUUUGCUGACGCUUCUUCAGUUGCAUUGCACCUUUUCAAUUACAACCAAAGCCAAUUAGUCGUGAAAUGGAUAAGUAUAGAUUAGCAAGUUCAAGUAGCAGCUGCUAAUCGUCGUGAAGAGAAAAAUACAUGAAAAAGAAAUCAAAAAUCCUUUUAUUUUGAAUUUGAUUGUGUGAUCUUUCUUUGUGAUGGCGCGGUCAAUGACAAUUGUCUUUUUCAAGUUGUCUAUUCACGAAAUAUCUGAUUCUCAUGGCGAAAAUCAAAGCAAUCUUUAAGCUUCCGACUGUGAUAGUAGAAGAGAGACUAGAUGUAUUUGUACAAAAUAUAUUUUUUCAUGAUUCAACACUAUUUUUUUGCGUAUUGUGAUUACCUACGUGGUGGUUAAUUGUAAGUACCUAUGUUCGCUCUAAUUUGUAUGCCUAAUUGUUAAUUACUUCUAAUGUGUAAGGCCUAGUUCGGACUACUUUAGUAUUUUAGUCGAGUACGAACGAGUUUUGGCCGGUAAAUCCAAAAAUUGUUUGUACUCGACUAAAAUACUAAAGUAGUCUGAACUAGGCAUAGGUGCCUAUUUACAAUUUGUUUUGUUGUGUGUUGAUUCGUCUGUACCUAUUAGUAAACUCUGCAAGUGCCCCGCGGUUUCACCCGCUUAGUUCCCGUUCCAGUGAGAAUACGGGAAUAAAAUAUAGCAUAUGACACUCGCAAAUAACGUGGCUUUCUUUUGGUAACAGAAUUUUUAAAAUUGGUUUAGUAGAUCUAGAGAUUACCGCCUAAAACACCACAAAUUU